AUUUCUUGGCGAAAACAUCUCAAUUUCGCCGUUGGCUAUUAGAUUUUAAUACGGUUCAAGUUUUUGGUUAAAAAUGUUAUCAUCCAAAAUAUUUCAUGUGAAGCUAAACGUACGAUAUGUCAAUAUCGUAACAGGCUUAUCUACUUCACAGGUACGAUCACAAACAAAUGCAGCUACACAAGUGUCUCAGAAAGAAUGGCAGGAAGCACGUCCUUUUAAGGAUAUACCAAACGAAAGCGCUCUUCGAUACAUACGCAACUUCCUACCUGGUGGCGAAUAUCGCAAUUUAAAUUAUGCAGACACGUUGUACAAAUUUCAUGAAAAAUAUGGUGAUAUUUGCUUAAUACCUUCGCUUUUUGGAAGGUCUCCAAUACUUUUGACAUUCAAUCCUGCAGAUUUCGAAACCAUCUUCCGAAACGAUGGUAGUUGGCCAAAUCGUCCAGGCCUGGAAAUACUAUUAUACCAUCGUGAAAAACAUAGACCAACCUUCUAUCAAGGAGCUAAUGGUUUAUUACCAAGUAAUGGAGAAAAAUGGGUAAAGUUUCGUUCAGCUGUUAAUCCUGUACUUAUGCAGCCUAGAAAUGCUAAAUUCUAUAUAUCCAAGAUGUGCAAAAUUAGCUCCGAAUUUGUUGAAAGAAUAAAACAAAUACGAGAUCCAAAAUCACUUGAAGUACCUGCAAAUUUCGAGGAUGAAAUAAAACGCUGGAUACUUGAAUCAAUUUUGGUUGUGGCGUUAAACAAACAACUUGGGUUGAUCAGAAAUAAUAGUGAUGAUCCCGUAGCAAAGAAAUAUUUCGAUAUUAUAUCUGAAAUUCUGAUUUUGGCAGGCGAAUUCGAAAUUCAGCCACCAAUUUGGAAAAUUAUAAGCACUCCAAAAUUCAAACGUGUAAUGCAACUUUUGGAUGAACUACAAGAUAUUACAUUGAAUUAUAUAGAGGAAACAUUAGUGAGAUUGCAGGAAGAUCGUAAAAAUGGUACAAUAAGAAAUGAAGCUGAGAAGAGUAUUCUGGAGAAGUUAUUCAGCAUCGACAAAAGAAUAGCAAUGGUGUUGAUUGUGGAUAUGUUGCUGGCAGGCGUUGAUACGACAACUACAACUUUUACUGGCAUUAUGUUGUGUUUGGCGAAGAAUCCAGAAAAACAACAGAAGCUACGCGAAGAACUCUUUCGUAUUAUGCCACAAAAGGACACGCCUUUUACAGAAGAUAUUCGUAAGGAGCUAAAUUACACGAGAUGCUGCAUUAAAGAAGCGCUUAGAGUUUAUCCCCUAGGCCCUGGUAAUACUCGUGUGUUACAAAACGAUGUGGUAUUAAGUGGUUAUCAGGUGCCAAAGGGUAUACUAGUUGUAAUGAUGGCUGAAAGUUUACUUAAAAAUGAGACACAUUUUCCAAGAGCAAAUGAAUUCAUGCCUGAGAGAUGGAGGAGAGGCAUCAAACAAGAUUCAACUGAAUGUCCGGGUUCAAUGAAAUCAACAAACCCUUUCAUUUACUUGCCAUUUGGAUAUGGUCCAAGGGUUUGUAUUGGUAAACGUAUUGCAGAAUUGGAAUUAGAGUUAGGUGUGGCUAGGAUUAUAAGGAAUUUUAAAGUGGAAUUUAAUCACUCAACUGAAAACGCGUUUAAGCCGCUUAUAUUCAAUAUGCCUAAUAUUCCAUUAAAAUUUAAGUUUAUUGAUUUAUAGUUUUUUAAUGAAUUUAUUUA